AUGACCAAAUCAGCUGUGAUUGACCCAGAAACGAUUCUGAAGCAGCUCACGAGCGAGGAGAAGAUUGCCCUCCUCAGUGGGGAUGACAUGUGGCAUACGGUACCUGUGCCCAGGCUAGGGGUACCAAGAGUGCGAUGUAGUGACGGUCCCAAUGGUGUGCGAGGUACAGCUUGGACCAAUGGUGCACCGGCGUCGUGUUUCCCGUCAGCUACCGGCUUAGGGGCAUCUAUGGACGUGGACCUUGCACACCGUAUUGGAGAAGCAUUAGGGGAGGAAUGUAGAGCAAGGGGUGUGCACUGCCUGCUUGGUCCUACGACAAAUUGUCAGAGACACCCAUGUGGUGGGAGAGGUUUCGAAUCUUUCAGCGAAGAUCCCUAUCUUUGUGGGCAUGUUGCCUUGGCUUGGGUGCAGGGUGUGCAAUCGAAGAAAGUUAUGACUUCUGAAUCCGUAGACUACCUGGCCAACGAACAAGAGUACCUUCGACGAAGCAACAACUCGGUCAUCGACGAGAGAACGAUGCACGAGAUCUAUCUGGAGCCCUUCCGCAUUCAAAACAAAGCAAGACCAUCCGUCUUCAUGUCAAGCUACAAUCGAGUAAACGGUCUUCACGUAGCCGAACAUCCUUUCUUGCUUCGAAAGAUCCUCCGAAAUGAUUUCGGCUUCAAAGGAAUGAUCAUGUCAGAUUGGAGUGGGACCUAUUCGUCAUCAGAAGCUGUCAAGGCUUCUUUGGAUUUAGAGAUGCCCGGACCAGCCUUGAUGAGGGGUUCGAGCUUAGAAAGAGACAUCAUAGGUGGUAAAUUGGUACCUGCUGAUAUCGAUGAAUGUGUUUUGAGGGUCUUACACUACGUCAGGGAAGCACAGCAAUCCGGUAUCGACUUCGAAAAAGAGGAAGAUACUAUCAACACACCUGAGGUCCGAGCCCUUCUCAGGGAGGCAGCCGAUUCCGCGAUCGUCCUCCUGAAGAACGAACACAAUGUCUUACCUAUCUCCGGAUCGGACAAGAGGAAGAUUGCUGUGAUUGGUCCCAAUGCUCGAACCGCUUCUUAUGCUGGUGGAGGAAGUGCCAAUCUCGCACCUACCUAUCUCGUUACUCCCUUACACGCUAUCGCCAAACACGCUAAGAGCAUUGGCGUAGAAGUCGAGUAUACCAUCGGAUCAGAUUCUUCCAGAUGGACACCUCUCUUGACGCCUUACAUAUCUCAUCCUGAGAAAGGCAAAGCUGCAGGUCCAGGUGUGCAAUGUGAUUUCUACGAUCAAAAUCCAUGGGAGAAUGCUGUCAAGCCCUUGUUCUCCAAAUUCAAUAAUUCGGCAUUCUCAUAUUUCAUCGAUGGUAUCCCCAAAGAAGUACCUGUACGAGGUUAUGUUUCUCUUAAAACCGUGUUCACCCCCGAUGAAAGUGGAAUUAAGAUCAUCGAUAACUCUACUGAUCAGAAAGAAGGACUACUUUUCUUUAACACCGGAGCUGAAGAGAGGACCGGAGAAGUCGAAGUCGAAGCUGGUAAAUCCUAUGACAUUGAAGUCCGCUUCUCCAACUUCAAGCAGCUCAACGCCAUGUCUCCAUAUACUGGAAGACGAGGUGGUAUUAGAAUUGGUGGUAAGAAAAAGCGUGAUCCUCAAGCUGAGAUUGAGAAAGCUGUAAAACUUGCCACUGAAUCUGAUGUUGCGAUCGUUUGUAUUGGUACCAACUCUGAAUGGGAAUCCGAAGCAUACGACAGAGAAGAUAUGAAGCUCCCACCUGGGACAGACGAUCUGGUUCGAGCCAUCUUAGCCGCCAAACCAGAAGCCAUCAUCGUGAACCAAUCUGGUAUGCCCGUUGAAUUCCCAUGGCUCGACUCGGCUCCUACCGUCAUUCAAGCGUUCUUCGGUGGAAACGAAUGCGGUACGGCCAUUGCAGAUGCAAUCUUCGGUACAAUCAAUCCAAGUGGUAAAUUGCCAGUCACAUGGGCGAAAGUGGUGGAGGAUUUCCCGAGUCAUGAAGAUUUUGGUCAUCCGAUUGAUACGGUUUAUUCGGAAGGUAUCAAUGUCGGUUAUAGAUAUUUCGAUAGGAAGGACCAUCCAAAGAGUACUUUCCCAUUCGGUCAUGGUUUGAGUUACACCACAUUCGAGUUUAGCGAUUUAACAGUCAAACCCGAAGCGUUCGGAGUCAAAGCUACUUUCACCAUCACUAACACGGGCGAUCUUGCAGGGGCUGAAGUGGCCCAACUCUACGUUCAUGAUCUCGCACCUGUCGUGGAGAGACCCGAGCACGAAUUGGCGGGUUUAAAGAAAGUAUUCUUACAACCUGGGGAAUCGAAGCAGGUGACACUUAAUCUUGACCACAAAGCAUUCUCAUUCUAUAGUGUGCAGGAGAAGUCUUGGAUAGGUCGAAGAGGAGAUUAUGAGAUUCGAGUUGGAACGUCAUCGACCAAGAUCCACCUUUCAAAACCUGUCCAUCUCGCCAGAUCAUUCAAGUGGAUAGGUCUUCAAGAACCUCAAUUGUACGAACCAAAUUGGUUGUAA